AUGAAUAAAAUUCCUUGUGUUAGGCUUGUCAGAAUAAAUAUUCCAGAGUCUGUAAAUCCUGAAUGUAACACAAAUAAUUUUUACAAAUGUAAUGAAGUAGAAAAAAGUGAAGAAGCUGAAAAUUGUGUCAUUGUUACAAAAAAAGUAUUAAUUUUUAAUCGUAAACGACCUGGAGAGCUUGAAAGAGUAACUAUCGAUGACUAUGAACGUGCUGUGACGUUUUCAGAAUCCAAUAAAGAGGGAUAUGAAAAGCUGUCUGAAGGAAACAAAAAAUUGGUUGAUGAAUACAUUAGAUUUGAGUUAGGAGGAAAAAAAGAUCGAAAUGUACCUGUUAUAAUUUCUCGAGAAAUGAAAACAGGUAUCGAUACAUUAUUAAAGUAUAGAAGCUACACUGGGAUAUGCCUUGAUAACCCGAUGAUUUUUGCUUUGCCAGGAGAGGAAAAUGCUGGUCGUUAUAAACAUUUAAAAAUUUGUACCUUAAUGCGAGAAUUUUCUGCGAAAUCGGGUGUAUCUAAUCCAAAGACCUUACGAACCACUCCCUUGCGAAAACAUGUUGCAACAACUGUCGCAUCAUUGAAAAUCGCUGAAAGUCGAGUUUUCGAUAUUUCGAACUUCAUGGGUCAUGCUGAAGCAAUACACAGACAACAUUAUCGACAAGCUGUCAUAAGUCGUGAUUUAUGUGAAGUAUCACAGAUCCUUGAAGUUGCUGUGGGUAUGAGACAGGAUUCUCAGAGAACAACAAAUAAUACAGAUGAAAUUGCAAUCUGUAAUGACGAUGCAAAUCAGUCUAGGUUCAUUAAUGAGCUUGAACCUGUUAUUGAAACUACUGAAUCUGAUGAAGAUAUGAGAUCUGAUUCGGAUGAUUCCGAAGACAGCAUUAUUGAAUCUGCAAAGAGAUCUGCUAAGAAACGCAAAAUUUCUAGAAAAGAAAUACGAGAAUUUUUGAAAAAACAUCCGCAAAUAACAAGAACUGAAGCUCAAAUUCGUACAUGGAUACAUAAUCAAUAUAAAUCUAGACAGCAAAGAUCGCGGUAUUAA